AUGGCCGGGCGCGGGGCUGCGCUGCUGCCUCUGCUGCUCCUCGCGAGCCCGGCGCUGGCCGCGGGGGCCGCGGGUAAGGGGGUGCCGGGGCCUGGGCAGCAAGUGCCUGCCCAUUUCUCAGCCCUUGGGGGGGCCCUCCAGGAGCCGUGGCGCCCCCUGGAGGAGCGGCUGGGACGACUGGAGGCUGAGGUGGUGAAGCUCCAGGGGCAGAACGAGGACCUACAGGCCAGGGUGAAGCAGCUGGAGACCUGUGAGUGCCGACCAGCUGGCCCUCAGUGCUGGGCACUGGGCCGGGCCUGGCCCGACGGGGACCGCUGGGAGCCGGAUACCUGCACAGCUUGUGUCUGCCAGCAUGGGGUUGUGCACUGCGGCCCCAAACCAGGCCUUCUGUGCCAUGGCUGCAGCCACAAGGGUCGGGCCUAUGGCAAUGGGGAGACCUUCUCCCCUGACGCCUGCACCACUUGUCAUUGCCUGGCAGGGACUGUGCAGUGCCAGAGGCCUUCUUGCCCAGACCUCAACUGCCUGGAGAGCUACACCCCACCAGGGGAAUGCUGCCCCAUCUGUUGCACAGAAGGUGACAUUCAGUGGGAGCAUGGCCAAGAGUGGACCCCACCUGGGGACCCCUGCCAGAUCUGCAGGUGCCUGGAGGGCCAUGUGGAGUGCCGCCAGCGGGAGUGUGCCAGUCUGUGCCCGUACCCUGCCCGGCCUCUCCCAGGCACCUGCUGCCCAGUGUGUGAUGGCUGUUUCCUAAAUGGUCGCGAGUACCGCAGCGGAGAGCCUGUGGGCCGAGGGAACACCUGUGUGCACUGCCGCUGCUCUAACGGGAGUGUCCAGUGUGAGCCUCUGCCCUGCCCACCAGUGCCCUGCAGAUACCCAGGCAGGAGCCCUGGACAAUGCUGUGCAGUCUGUGAUGGCUGUGAGUACCAGGGACACCAGUACCAGAGCCAGGAGACCUUCAGAACCCAAGAGAGUGGCCGCUGCGCCCGCUGCGUCUGCCAGGCCGGAGAGGUGUCUUGUGAGGAGCAGGAGUGCCCAGUGGCCCCCUGUGCCCUGUUGGACUCUGGCCCUCAGCUCUGCUCAGCCUGUGUGCUAGACGGAGAGGAAUUUGCCGAGGGAGUCCAGUGGGAACCGGAUGGUCAGCCCUGCACCACUUGUGCCUGCAGAGGUGGGGUCCCUGUGUGUGGGGCUCUGCUCUGCCCCUCAACACCAUGCCAGCACCCUACCCAGUCCUCAGGUGCCUGCUGUCCCAGCUGUGAGAGCUGCACCUACCAGGGCCAAGUGUAUGCCAAUGGGCAGAACUUCACCGACGCAGACAGUCCUUGCCACACCUGCCAGUGCCAGGAUGGGACUGUAAGCUGUUUUGUGGUCGACUGCCCUCCCACCACUUGUUCCAGGCCCCAGAGCAGCCCGGGCCAGUGCUGCCCUCGGUGCCCAGACUGCGUCUUGGAAAAGCAAGUGUUUGUGGAUGGCCAGAGCUUCUCCCACCCCCGAGACCCCUGCCAGGAGUGCCAAUGCCAGGCAGGCCGUGCCCACUGCCAGCCUCGGACCUGUCCCAGGGCCCCCUGCACCCACCCUCUGCCCGGUGCCUGCUGCCAGAACGACUGCAGUGGCUGUGCCUUCGCGGGGAAAGAGUACCCCAACGGGGCCGAGUUCCCCCACCCCUCUGAUCCUUGUCGUCUUUGUCGCUGUCUGAGCGGCAACGUGCAGUGCCUGACCCGCCGCUGCCCGCCACUGCCCUGCCCGGAGCCCGUCCUGCUGCCCGGAGAGUGCUGCCCGCAGUGCCCGGCCCACGCUGCCUGUCCUCGACCUGGGGGUGAGGUCCCUGCCCGCCACCAAGAGCACUUCUCCCCGCCAGACGACCCCUGCCGCCGUUGCCUCUGCCUCGACGGCUCCGUGUCCUGCCAGCGGAUGCCUUGCCCACCCGCGCCCUGCGCCCACCCGCGCCAGGGGCCUUGCUGCCCUGCGUGUGAUGGCUGCCUGUACCAGGGGAAGGAGUUGGCCAGCGGGGAGCGUGUCCCUUCACCCAGUGUCUCCUGUCACGUUUGUCUCUGCUGGGAGGGCAGUGUGAGCUGCGAGCCCAGGGUCUGUGCGCCUGCACAGUGUCCCUUUCCCACCAGGGACGACUGCUGCCCCGUCUGUGAUGGCUGUGAGUACCUGGGGGUGUCCUACCUGAGCAAUCAGGAGUUCCUGGACCCCAGAGAGCCCUGCAACCUAUGCACCUGCCUUGGGGGCUUCGUGACCUGCAGCCGCCGGCCCUGUGCACCCCUGGGCUGCAGCCACCCACUCACCCCAUCUGAGCACUGCUGCCCCACUUGCCAGGGAUGCCUCUAUCAUGGAGUCACUGCCGCCUCUGGGGAGACCUUUCCUGACCCGCUUGACCCCACCUGUUCGGUGUGCUCCUGCCAGGAAGGUUCUGUGCGUUGCCAGAAGAAGCCUUGCCCCCCAGCUCCCUGUCCCCACCCCUCUCCAGGGCCCUGCUUCUGCCCCGUCUGCCACCGCUGCCUCUCAGGGGGUCAGGAGCACCAGGACGGGGAGGAAUUUGAGGGCCCUGCAGGCAGCUGUGAGAGGUGCCGCUGUCAGGCUGGCUGGGUCAGCUGUGUGCAGCUGCAGUGCCCACCCCUGCCCUGCUCACUGCAGGUCACAGAGAAGGGGGCCUGCUGUCCUCGAUGCAGAGGCUGCCUGGCUCACGGGGAGGAGCACCCUGAGGGCAGCAGCUGGGUGCCCCCGGACAACCCUUGCUCAUCCUGCGUGUGUCGCGAAGGAGUCGUCACCUGUGCCCCCAUCCAGUGCGUCAGCUCCUGUGUCCAGCCACUCCAGGGGCCCGGAGAAUGCUGCCCUCGAUGCCCUGACUGUGAGCAUAAGGGUCGGAAAUAUGAACCAGGAGAGAGCUUCCAGCCAGGUGCAGACCCCUGUGACGUGUGCAUCUGUGAGCUACAGGCUGAGGGCCCCCCCAGCCUGCGAUGUCACCGGCGGCAGUGCCCUACCCUGGUGGGCUGCCCUGCAAGCCAGAUUCUGCCCCCUGGACCUGAGCACUGCUGCCCUACCUGUGCCGAAGCGCUGAGUAACUGCACAGAGGGCCUGCUAGGGUCUGAGCUGGCCCCACCAGACCCCUGCUAUACCUGCCACUGUCAGGACCUGACCUGGCUCUGUGUUCACCGGCUCUGUCCUGAGCUCAGCUGCCCUGCGUCAGAGCGCCACAUCCCCCCUGGGAGCUGCUGCCCUGAGUGCCCCGCCCCCUCGCAAUCAUGCAUGCAUCAGGGCCGGGAGGUGGCUUCCGGGGAGCGCUGGGAUGUGGAUGUCUGCAUCAGCUGUUCCUGCGUGGCCGGCACCGUGCGCUGCCAGAGCCAACGCUGUCCACCGCUGUCCUGUGGGCCUGACGAGGCCCCCGCCCUGAGUCCCGGCAGCUGCUGUCCACGCUGCCUGCCCCGGCCGGCCUCCUGCAUGGCCUUCGGAGACCCUCACUACCGCACCUUCGACGGCCGCCUCCUGCACUUCCAGGGCGGCUGCAGCUACGUGCUGGCCAAGGACUGCCACGGAGGGGACUUCAGCGUCCAUGUGACCAACGAUGACCGCGGCCGGAGCGGCGUGGCGUGGACCCAGGAGGUGGCCGUGUUGCUGGGAGGCGUGGCUGUGAGGCUACUGCAGGGCGGGGCGGUCUCGGUGGACGGGCGCCCUGUUGCCCUGCCCUUCCUGCAGGAGCCGCUGCUGUACGUGGAGCUGCGGGGGCAUACGGUGAUCCUGCACGCCCAGCCUGGCCUCCAGGUGCUGUGGGACGGGAGGUCCCAGGUGGAGGUGAGGGUGCCUGGCUCCUACCGAGGCCACACCUGUGGACUCUGUGGGAAUUUCAAUGGCUUUGCCCGAGAUGACCUUCGAGGUCCAGAGGGGCUGCUCCUGCCCACAGAGGCUGCAUUUGGGAACAGCUGGCAGGUCUCAGAGGGCCCAGGGCCUGGCCGGCCUUGUGCUGCCGGCCGAGAGGUGGAUCCGUGCCGGGCAGCUGGUUACCGUGCCCGGCGCGAGGCCAAUGCCCGAUGUGCUGUGCUGAAGUCAGCCCCCUUCAGUCGAUGCCAUGCUGUGGUGGCCCCAGAGCCGUUCUUUGCUGCCUGCGUGUAUGACCUUUGUGCUUGUGGCCUGGGUCCAUCCGCAGACACCUGCCUCUGCGAUGCCCUGGAAGCCUAUGCCAGCCACUGUCGCCAGGCAGGAGUGACGCCUGCCUGGCGGGGCCCCACGCUCUGCGUGAUGGGCUGCCCCCUGGACCGUGGCUUCGUGUUCGAUGAGUGUGGCCCCCCCUGUCCCCGCACCUGCUUCAACCGACACAUCCCCCUCGGGGAGCUGGCAGCCCACUGCGUGAGGCCCUGCGUGCCCGGCUGCCAGUGCCCUGCGGGCCUGGUGGAGCAUGAGGCCCACUGCAUUCUCCCUGAGGCCUGUCCCCCUGUCCUGCUCACCGGGGACCUGCCACCCAGUGCUCUGCCCAGCCCCAGCCAGGGAUAG